CGGAAACGAGCGGGUCGCCUGCGGGGGAGAGAAGCCGCUGCUGCCGCUGCUGCUGCUGCUGCGGGACGCGGUGCGGGAAAGCUGCUGCGGGACGGUACGCGGAAGUAACGGUACUCACCAGGGCAUGGCACUGUGUGGACUCCGGGGGCCACGUUUCCUGGGGCCCAACGUGUACCCGGAAGCCCCUGACGGAGGCUGGGGAUGGGUGGUGGCUGCCGCCUUCUUUCUGGUGGAGGCGCUCACCUACGGUACCAUCAAGAUCUUUGGCAUCUUCCUCCAGGACCUGAUGGAGCAGUUUGGAGAGACCAACAGUCGGGUCUCCUGGGUCGUCUCCAUCUGCGUGUUUGUCAUGACCUUCAGCGGUCCUCUCUCUGCUGUGAUGACAAACCGCUUCGGGUUCCAAAUUGUUGUGAUGACUGGAGGAUUUCUUAUUGCCACGGGCAACAUAGCGACCAGCUUCACGACCUCCAUCAAUCAGAUGUACAUCACCUAUGGCGUGGUGGCGGGUCUUGGCUACUGCCUGACCUUCCUGCCCACCGUGACCAUCCUUUCCCAGUAUUUCACACGCCGGCGCUCUCUGGUCGUCGCCGUGGCCUCGACCGGAGAGUCCCUGUCCAUGUUUGCACUGGCGCCAGCCUUCUCUGCACUGAGGGACCGUGUUGGCUGGCGACACACCAUGGUGGUGAUCGGCAGCCUGCAGACCAUCAUAGUCAUCUGUGGGGCUCUGCUUCGGCCAAUCAUCAUCAAGCCCGGGUCGCCCCGCGACACCCGGACGGACCGCUUGCCCUCAAAGCAGCUGGCCGACGUCCGUACGUCAGAAGAUGCCAAGGCCCACCUGGAAGACUCCACAACGAACGGCGCCUCACAUCCACAAAACGACCUGACCCGAGGCUCCGUGGUCAGCGCGGUCAAUGGCGUCAGCAGCAGCAGCAGCAGCCCGGAGGAGAAGACACUACUGCAGGAAGAAGAAGCGAGGGCGUCUGUGGAAACCGCCACGGCGGGGACGACCGGGCCCGAAGCCAAGCAGAAAGAGAGCGACGGCGCCCGGAGGGGAGCGGCGGACCCGCCCGGGAAUCCCAAACUCCUGGACUUCUCCGUCCUCGGGGAGUGCAGCUUCAUCCUGUACUCUCUGUUCGGGCUGUUCGCCACGCUGGGCUUCUUCGCCCCGCCGCUCUACGUCAUCGAGCUGAGCGUGAGCCGGGGCGUGGCGCGGGACACCGCCACCUACAUGCUCUCCGCCAUGGCCGUGGCGGAGAUCCUGGGCCGCCUCUCCAUCGGCUGGAUCAUGACCCGCGAGCGCUUCAGGCGGAGGAAGCUGCAGGUGCUGCUGGUGUGCGUGGUCGGCAUGACGGCCGACCUGUUCGGCUUCACGCUGGCCUCGGAGUUCUACGGCCUGGCGGCGUGCUGCUGCUUCUUCGGGUUCUUCAUGGGGAGCAUCUCGUGCAGCCACAUCCCCAUGCUGGCCGAGGACGACGUGGUGGGGAUCGAGAGGAUGCCCUCGGCCGCCGGCGUCUACGUGUUCAUACAGAGCUUCGCCGGGCUGGCCGGACCCCCGCUGGGAGGCAUGCUGGUGGAUGCGACUCAGAACUACGGCUCCGCCUUCUACUCGUGCGCAGCCGGCAUGGCGCUGGGCGCCCUGUUCCUGGCCUUGGUGAGACCUGCCAAGAACCGAGUGCUGUGCAGGAGCAGGAAGUCCAAGCGGCCUGAAGACCAGCGGGGGAGGGGGGGGGACUCUGAGUGCAGCGCGUGAACCAGCAGGACCGCUGUGGAGGGGGAUCGGAGAAGAGCAGUAGAGGUCCUACGAGGGUAGAAUGGAGACGACAGUGUUGAAGUUGCACAUUAAAGAGAAAGACCAAAGGUGUUUAUGAUCCAGGAACAUUCUUUAGAACGUUUUGCUUACUGUGCCUUAUCGUACGUACCAAACUGUGUCUAACCCUAGACUCAACGUCCUGGGAAGACCACUACAUGGGCUUUAGGUGCCUCCAGCUCGUGUUGUGGUCUUGCUUUGGACAUGUUGACAACGGGUUGAUGAAGCUUCAAGAUACUGCACAGUGCAAAAUGUAACACGAUUACUUGAUAAAAUAAUAACAAGCCUGCAAACAAAGUAAUGCCAUACAACUGUGAUUCAAAUGUAGCUGCGACAACAACAAAUUGCACAAAUUCUGUAACGUGUUUAUAGAACAUAAAGCUCAGGAGUUGUGAAAAGAGUUUUAUUCUGACCAAAUCGUUACCACGCUGACAAUGUUAUGUAGUAUAAGACGUCAGAAAUCAAGCUAUUUUUAUAUUCUUUUUCAUGAUGAUGUGUUCAUAAUAAAGCAAGUGACAUGAAUCACGUUA